AUGUCGUACUACUUCUGGACUACUGACCUCGCCGUGGAGCUGAGCUCCAGUAACAUGUUCCUGGCGGGCGCGCUGCUGUGUCUGCCCACCUCCUGGCUCUCCACCGUAGUGCCAUACCACGUCAGGUCCCUGCCAUUGACUGGCACGUUGAUGGCGUUGGUGAGUGUGGCGAUGGUGAUGCUGUCACUAGGGCUGUCGUCGAUCUCGGGGCUGUCGCGGGCGCUGCGGGAGCCGGCCAUACUUAACAACAGCAUGCUGCGAGCCAUGGCCAUUGACGCUUUGGACCCUGCGGUCAGGAGCUCCUUCGCCGCCAUGCAAGUUGAGCUGAGAUGUUGUGGCGUGCAGUCGUACUCUGACUGGUACCAGCACCGCCGCACACUGCCACCAGCCUGCUGCGGACGGGUGUGGAGCGGAAAGCGCGGUGACCUGUGCGAGAGCCCUCUAUACAGUAUGGGCUGCCUGCGGCCCGCGCUCGCCGAGCUCCGAUACUUCACCUACUCACUCUCUGCGCUGUCAUCCGCCAUGAUUGUUGUUAUGACGGUAACACUAUUCGCGGCAGCGUACACCAUGGUGAUGGGGGUGGUGGAGCGCGGGGAGGCGGCGCGCAGCUACAAGCCCCCGCAGGCGCUGCGCGUGGCGUGCCUGGCGCACCCCCCGCACGCCCCGCGCCCCCCGCACGCCCUGCACGCGCCGCCCCCCCCGCUCGUCGCGCUCACCUCGCCCGCCGCCAUGCCGCACGACAAUCCCAUCUAAACACACAUGUACUCCCGCACAACUCUGAACUAACACUUUAACUGAAAAUUAAAUGACGUCUACCACCUUUGAGGCUAGAUGGCGUUAGUGUAGCUUUUGGUCUCCUUAAGCUACACUCAUGACACUGACAAAUUUUAAUACGGUAGACGUAUUGUUUUGAU